AUGUGCAAAUACAGUAAAUCUUGUGCUGCUAUUAAGAUUAGUGAGGGAUGUAGUUAUCAUGAAGUUAUUGAGAAAAUAUCUAUGAAAUUCAAGGAGUUGAGUGUUGGUUGUAGUGGUUCUCAUGUUGUUAAUGUUGUUGUGGGUGAUAGGAGAAUUGUGGAGAUUGAUGAUAAUUCUUCUAGGAUUGAUUCUGUAAUUUGUGAGAGUUCUUUGAUUAACGAUUGUGAUAAUUUUGGUAGUUUGUUACCUAGUUUUUAUCCAGAACUAGAGAGAGCUUUGUUGUCUGAUAGUUGGAAGGGGAUUAUACACAGUGUUGGUCAAGAAUUUGAAGGUGGAGUGCCGGCGUUCCGCAUUGCAUUGGCUAAGUAUGCAGUUGAGUGUGGUUUUGCAGUGAAUUAUUUGAAGAACGAUGUAAUAAGAGUAACUACUAAAUAUCUUGUAGCAAAAUGGUUGGUUCUAGACGUACCUGAUAUUGUGCAUAAUGAUAUUAGUGAUAAUCUGUUAACUCGUUCUAUUGAAGUUAAAAAAAAGUUGAAGAAGCAAUAUAGUAUAAAUAUUUCUUAUCAGGUUGCAUGGUUAGGAGUUGAUAAAGCAAGAGGUUUGAGAACGAAUCUUGGAAGUGUGUUUGAAUUAGAUGUGUAUGAAAGUAGUGGGUGUUUUCGAAGGUUGUUUGUGGCAUUUCAUGGAUGUUUGUACGGUUUUCAAUUUUGUCGUUCGUUGUUGUUUGUUGAUUGUACAUUCUUGAAGGGGCGUUACAACGGGCAUUUGAUUGCAGUAACAUCAAAGGAUGGUAAUCAAGGUCGAAGAUUGACCUUUGUGUCGGACCGUCAACAUGGAUUGCUAGACGCUCUUUCAGUGGUUUUUCCCAAUGCACAUCAUGUAUAUUGCUUAAACCAUUUGAAGAGAAAUUUGAUUGACAAAUUGGUGGGACUUUGUACUAACUAUAACCUGACUUUGAUGAAAAUAUUAGUUAAAUGUGCUUAUGCGCCAACUAUUGCUUUUUUCCAACAUUAUAUGGAGAAAUUGAGGCGUAUUGCUGGGAAUGGUAGAGUUGAUAGUAUGUUGGAUGGUUUGCAGAAUGAUAAGUGGGCAAAUGCAUUUUUUUAA